AUGUGGACAAGUGUGUCUGUUAGACUCGAUGAAAUAGUGCCAACUACCUCACAGGCUGAUGUGACAUUUGAGGGCUCUGUAAAUGCUAGCUUUUAUAAUGUCUUAUCUAGCCUUGCUCUCUCUUCCUCCCUUCCUCCUCCUCACUCUCCUCACCUCAUCUUGUCCACAGAGAUCCUGAUCAAGGUCCAGGUGUAUGUGAGCGGGGAGCUGGUGCCUUUGGCCCAGGCCUCAGUGGAUGUGUUUGGGAAUCGUAUGCUGCUGGCUGCUGGCACCACGGACUCGGAGGGCGUGGCCACACUGCCCCUCAGUUACCGCUUGGGCACCUGGGUGCUGGUCACUGCUGCCCGCCCUGGCUUCCUCACCAACUCCGUGCCCUGGCGCGUUGACAAGCUGCCCUUGUAUGCGUCCGUCAGCCUCUACCUGCUCCCCGAGCGGCCGGCCACCCUCAUCCUCUAUGAGGACCUGGUGCACAUCCUCUUGGGUUCUCCUGGUGCCCGCUCCCAGCCCUGGGUGCAGUUCCAACGGCAGGCUGCCCGCCUGCCUGUCAGCUCCACCUACAGCCAGCUCUGGGCCUCGCUCACACCUGCCAGCACCCAGCAGGAAAUGCGGGCUUUCCCUGCCUUCCUGGGCACCGAGGCCUCCAGCUCAGGCAAUGGCUCCUGGCUGGAGCUGAUGCCCCUGGCUGCCGUGAGCGUGCACCUGCUGACAGGCAAUGGAACGGAAGUACCACUCUCGGGCCCCAUUCACCUGUCUCUGCCUGUGCCCUCGGAGCCUCGCGCCCUGGCUGUGGGCACCAGCAUUCCAGCCUGGAGGUUUGAUCCCAAGAGUGGGCUGUGGGUACGCAACGGCACCGGUGUGAUCCGGAAGGAAGGCCGGCAGCUCUACUGGACCUUUGUCUCCCCCCAGCUGGGGUACUGGGCGGCUGCCAUGGCCUCCCCCACGACUGGACUGGUCACCAUCACAACAGGCAUCCAGGACAUCGGCACCUACCAUACCAUCUUCCUGCUCACCAUCCUGGCCGCCCUGGCACUACUGGUGCUCAUUCUGCUGUGUCUGCUCAUCUACUAUUGCCGGAGGCGCUGCCUGAAGCCCAGGCAACAGCACCGCAAGCUGCAGCUCUCCGGGCCCUCCGAGGGCAACAAACGAGACCAGGCCACCUCCAUGUCCCAGCUCCAUCUCAUCUGUGGGGGGCCCCUGGAGCCCACCCCGUCGGGGGACCCCGAGGCGCCUCCUCCCGGCCCCCUCCACUCCGCCUUCUCCAGCUCCCGCGACUUGGCCGGAAGGCCUUCGAUGGAGACCCCACCUCAAUGA